AUGAGCGAUAAGAUUCUCAUUGCUAGUAGUAGAAGUUAUAUGAAUACUGGUGCAGAACAAACCAGUAAAUCCAGUGCUGGAGCCAUGGAGCGUCCACAAUUCUCGCCUCUGGUCAGGUGCCCUCGAUGCGACUCCGCCAACACCAAGUUCUGCUACUACAACAACUACAGCCUCUCGCAGCCGCGCCACUUCUGCAAGGCCUGCAAGCGCUACUGGACCCGCGGCGGCACCCUCCGCAACAUCCCCGUCGGCGGAAGAUGCCGCAAGAACAAGCGCGUCAAGAAACUACCCCAGCAUCUGCCGCCGUCCGAAAACCUUAAACUACAACCGGCACCCAAGCCCAGGAGCUUCAAUUUCAACUACCCUUUGGCUUCAACCGCUACGCCGAUUAGCAGCACUUCGGUGAGUGACGAGAUGUUGAAAUUGGAACGAUAUAAUUCGUUGAUGAUGGAGCUGCAAGGAAUCGGGGAUUUUGGAUUAAUUGUUAGCUCAGGAUUAGGGCAAAAUCUUGUGGUUAACAGUAAACAAUACGAUAAUGAUCUGAAAAGUAAUUCUGCAGCUGCCGAGAAAAUAGGCUCGGUGCAAAAUUUUGCAGAUUCGGCGACUGCUAAUUGUUGGAUCGAUGCGGCGAACCGAUCAUGGUCGUCGUCCUCAGCACGGCUCCUAUAG